CCUUUCUUUAAAAGAAAAAGAAAAGGAGAAGAAGAAAAAAAAAUCCACUGACCAAGGCCGGGCCCCCUUGACAGCCGCGGGCCCGGGUACACUAGACCCCCUGUCCCCCCCUCUCGUCAGGCCUGGGUAAGCUAAUUAGAAACGUGUGAUUUGUUUGGAUCUUUUAUUCUAUUGUCCAUGCAUCACAAUGUCUGGUUGGUGUAUCUUGAACAUUAUUUUAUCUUUAUAUGUUCUUUGGGCUGGUUGGUUUUUCAUAAGGGCUGUCUUAAUGGUUUCUUAGUUUUUUUUAAUAGCUAGUAAAUGUUAUAUAGUUGUCUCUGACAGUUAAGACUGUCUCUGUUCACCAACUGAAUGAUUUGUGUGUAUAGGAUAAAUAAUAGCACAUAACCACAAGGACAUAAACUUUGAUGCAUAUCACUAACUGUAGUAGUAUUUAUGCAUUUUAAGGUCAGAGUUUGACAAUGUUGCUGGGAAUUUUAAGGUCACUGCCAUAAAAUGUUUAUUUCUGUGGGUGAUACUAUGGGUGAUACUGUGGGUGAUACUGUGGGUGAUAAUAUACCUCAAGAAUAUACUGAUUGUGGAUGAAAGGAACUUAUUCUAGUGGUGCCAGAACCUGGUGUAAUGUUAUUUUUAUUUAUUGAUGUAAAUAAUAAAUAAUCUGAAUGCUUACCUAUGGAUAUGUUUUGCUUAUAUUACCAUUCAGGGCUUCUGCUAAGGCUAAAUUCUUUGGGGUCCCAGGGACCCCUUCAGAUUUUUAAGGGGUCCCUGUUCUUCGCCCCACUUUGGAGGGGACCCCAUUGACGAAAAUUGAAGGGGUCCUCCGAACUUUUAAUGCGUACUGUACGCAAUUUUUUGCGUAAGCAGAAGCCUGAACCAUAAAAAACUCAAUCCCCAACUACCUCUAAGUUAUGAUGUGCAAUCCUUUGCUACUCAGGAGGAAAUAACAUACAAAACAUCUAACGCCGUCUUUUGCGCCCCUUCCCCUCAAACCAUCCCCCCAACCACCACCAGCCCAACUUUACCUCUAAAGUGUAACAUUAAACGCCAUGGUGGAUCUUUAUACCUACAUGUUUAGUCAACAUAACCGUGGAUUAAAAUGCAGUCGUGUCACACAACCGAUCUGACGAACACUAAAAGGCAUUUACAAAUACUUGGUCAGCAAUCUAGUAAACACAAUGAGAUCGGGCACGAAACAUUCGAUCAUGGCACCAAAAUAACUCGCAGCUAAAUCACUUAGGGGUGAGCAACUCGAGCACUCGUCACCCUCACCACAGCUGCACCUGACACAAAAGGGAAAAUUAACGAGAAAUCAAAAGCCAGGGCAGCAACACUGGGCGCUUGUACCAACAAAUGGUAAUAACGAAGCUUGUCUCGCUCCCCAACUCCCUUCCACCGACUUUCCCCACUAUAGUCCUCCCCAGAUGAAACGAUGCAGAUUUUGCGCUAGCUCGACCGUACAUCGAUUACUUAUGUUGUUGUUUAUGAAACCUGGGGAAUAUGGAACUCUUGUGUACUGCUGUGGAUGGUUGGGCUCGAUCGCGGUUUAUUCAAUCGUCACGUUUUAUCUCCACGCGGCACCCUACAAAAUAAAAUACCCUGCCUCCCCAAGGUCUACCCGUCCAGUCUUUACUCAACCGUGUUCAGAAGCUCACUUUCACAGCAGAUAUUUUCACGGUAGCACUUCCACCUGACCACGGUAGCAACCCGGCGCGAAAAUCAAGUGGAUAAAUUUCUUGUGUCACUAAUAGUCUAUUGGUGACAUGAUAUACUGUAGCUAAUAAUUUCGUUUGGUGGGGUGGGUGGGUUAAGAAAUUCACUCUGAACAAACGAGUUAUACGUCAACAUUGUUUCCAUACUCCAUCAGUUUAAUUUCUUUUGACUCUUUUUGUGCUUGUUACGAAAAGAAGAGUGAAAAAAAACAACAACAAAACAAACACGACUCCCAAGUUUUACAGGUGUCGUACAACUGUUUCACGGAUACGGAAAAGACAAAGUGGUUUGACUAGCCAUGCACACUUUAUUUUCAGGCCCCAUAAGAAGGGCUUAAAAAAAAGGCAGGGCAUUGGCGCUUUUAACGGUUUCUUAGACGCUCAGGUACAAGCUGCCCGCUAAAUUAUGCGACUUGCUAAGCCCCGUGAUACGGUGCCAAGUGACGUGGGAAAUAAAUGUUGUGAUUACCUGGCGUUUUAUCCACACCUUUGUUCACCGACUGGCACAAUCGACUUUGCCGUGGAAAAAAGGGGUUAGUCUGCUUUCGUUACCGGCGGACACAUCUACAGCAAGACCUAGGGAAUUUUUUGUGGUUUAUAUCAACGGUGGGCCAAGAGUUUUAGCUCGUUCACACCUGGAGAUGCACGCGUUCUGCCUCGUUUCAGUGGCAGGGACCCACCGUGCGCCCUUGCGUGUUCCUCGACAGAUGGACCACUCGUCCACCAUGAAGGUGCGGCGGCGGAAUGCGGUUCAGAGGCGGCGCUUGGCGCUGGAAGUUCGCGGCAUCGAGCGGAACAUGGCGUCGUUGGAGAGCGAGCGAGACCGCGAGUUGCGCCGCCUGCGGGACGAGUUGACGGACAUGAGGGAGCCUCCCAGUCCUGCACGUCUGAACGCGGGUCAGCAAGCAUCUCGCUACCCGGCAGCGACAACAACCUCAACGAGACGCAGGUCGUCUGAAUCUUCCGAGACCGACACGAUCUCGACUGGAGCGAGAUUCUUCGUGAGUCGAAGUCAUCAUGAUGACGUCAGCAUGGACUGUUUCUCGCAGAGACGGUUGUCCAACGAUGACGGAAGCACGCAAAUACAUGUUUCACCAGGUAGAGACAAUGUCAAGGCUGCAGCAGCUUCUUUAUGUGACCGACAUGACGGCAGCAGCAUCCGUCUUCCUAAUCAAACUGGCGAGUUCCUUCGUGGGAACCUUAUCCCAAAGAAAACAAACUUGCUUCCUGUUCUACAUCCGCUAGGAAAAGGCAGCUGGCUUCAGAAAAAUUUGUCAACAGAAGUGCAAAAGUCAUUUCCAUGCCAUACAGACAAGGACUAUGAAAACAGCUUACCUUCAUUUCUAGCAACAAGAAAACAAUGUGGAAAAUCCAGAAAACUAACAGCAACGACGUGGGGACUGAACUUGAGAGAACAGGUCCAAGCAGGCAAUGUGUCUUCCGAAAGUGACAUAAGCACAGACGUGUUUUUGCCCCCACACAUCAACUGCUUUCCGACAGUGGGAGGAGCUUUUUCUGGACCUGGACCAGACACUGGUCGUCCUCCCUCCGAGCAGGACACAACGGACGUUAACGAUCCUGACAAAAUGGUGCCGGAUGCCUGUCCAUACGCCAUCACUCCCAACCACAAGUGCACGCACUUUCCCUGUGUUCAGCCUUACACCUACCACAGCCUUGGCUUCCACCCGGACACGUCUACCCAUUCCUGGCGCGACUGGAUGCAGCUGACGGCAUGCAGACCUCACCAUCGGCUGGCACAGGAACAGGCCGAGCCAGGCAUGCGCAGGUACCGCUCAGUGGACGACCCUCCUGCUGAUGCUCCAGAAUUUAAUCGUCGGAGACGGUUGGAUAAGGAGGAGCAGCUCCGUCUGGGGACCUUGCACAAGAAGCUGGUCCACUCCCUGCAGCGUCCACCAUCUUGGAACACCAACUACGGCCAGCCGACUCCCUACAAGCGCCUGAAAAACCCGGUCAGACUGAAGCCUCUUGAGUGAUUGAACUAAAGGACAAAAGUAUGAAUUAUAUUUAUAUAUUUGGAAUUCAAAUCAACUGGUUAGUGCAAAAUCAUUCUCAGGAGGUAAACGUGAUUUUUUUUCUCUUCCUCGUCCACUUACAACAUUAGAAAGGUUUGUUCAGCAAGCUUAUCGUUUGUGAAGGGUGUAACAGAGGCAUCUAGUCAUCUUCAGGUAUGGAUGAUAUUUUAGAUGAGAGAGAACGACAGGGCUUCAGAAACAAAAGAGAAAUGCUUGACCUAUUGAUUAUAAAAAAUGAAAGACAGUAUACAUAUUUCUGGUAUAUUUUUAGGUUAAUCUUAAAUUUGUACAGUUAAUGUGUUUACAGAGAUUUUUUUGUAAAAACAUUCUUUGCACAAAAUAAUUUUUGCACAUGGUCCACAUUAGGAAAAUGACUUCGAAAAAAUGGUUAGUCACUGAAACCACUAAUAAUAAAGGGUUAAGAAAUAAACAUAAAUUGAUAAGUGAAUCUGGUUAGACAUCUGUGAUUUAUAACUACGGGACGACCACAUUGGAGUUGUGAAAUAUCGCAGUAAGAAAAUACCAUGUGAAAUAAAUAGCGGAUACCUGUCGGAUUUUCUCUCUUUAAAAAAAAGCUGAUCUCCUCACUGUUGAUAAGACUUGAUUGAUAUUUUAUUGACCUGUCAGAUUACUUUCCUAGUUCAGUGGGGUUUUUUUUCCUUUUAUAAGAUUGAGCCACCAUCUAUUGCUGUUGAUAAGAUAACAACUAGAAAUGCGAACAACUUUUAGCAUGCAAGUAUCAAGUUUCCUAACUUGCUUUUGACAAUACCAAGUUUGAAUAAAAUUGCUCUCUUUUCGUGCGAUUAUUUUCCUACCUGUCCAGUUUCAUGAUAUAAUAUCGCACGUAUGCUACAUUUCUCGAC